AUGAUUUCUGUAAAUAUCGACACAGUCAAUGAAUUUUUGUUACAUUUAACAAAAGAUUGCUCAGAGCUUUACAAGAAUUCUAAAAGAAAAAGCGGAAUCUACAAGAUUGAUCCGGACAAUCGAGGCAGUUUUAAUGUAUGGUGUGACAUGAACACAUCUGGAGGUGGCUGGACCGUGUUUCAACGUCGCCUUGAUGGUAGUGUUAAUUUCUACAGAGGGUGGCAAGAUUACAAAAAUGGCUUUGGAAAUCUAACAUCAGAUUUUUGGCUUGGAUUAGAUAAAAUAAAUAGACUUACAUCUAGAAAGCACAAGAAACUUCGGAUUGACAUGGAAGACUUUACAGGAAUCACAGGAUACGCCGAAUAUGAUUUCUUUUCUGUUGCAAGUGAAAGGCAGAAAUACAAGUUGGAUCUUGGAAAAUAUUCAGGAACUGCCGGUGAUUCGUUAUAUGUACAUAAAGGAAUGGCAUUUUCGACAAAAGACUCUGAUAACGAUAAAUCUCCCGAAAAUUGUGCAAGCAUGUUUAAGGGUGCAUGGUGGUUUGAAUAUUGUUACCUUUCUAAUUUAAACGGGAUCUAUCAUCAUGUUCAACCCCACUUUCUAAUGGUAUCAAAUGGAAUAUUUGGAAAGGCUACUACGAAGACUUAA